UUUAAUUUUUAUUAACACACAAACAGGAACACGUGUGCAUGCACACACACACAGACACACACCGUAGCUUAGUUUAAUCCAGAGCUGGAAGACCCCCUGCGCUGACACAAUCUGACCGGUAAUGACCCCUAAUGAUAAUGAUAAAGACUGUGCGGUGUGUAUGUGUGCCUGUGCCAGGCAGCUAACCGCUGAUGUAUGAUUAGCCACACCUGUGUCUUGUUUGCGUUACUAACCUUUGGCAAACCUCUUGCUUGGAUCCUGUUGUGCUGUUUUCACUGAUGUGGUACUUAAAAGAAAAGUGGGUAGAUUGCUGAUUGUAUUGUUCUCACACUUGAAAAGAUUCAUGUAGUUACACAUGCUGGCAUACUGAUAUGUACUACGCCUGACUGACAGCUAAAACUAUUCUGGUUUGUUAUGUGAACCUACAGUCAUGACCACAUCACAGCUACUUCUUUGUUGGUGUCUUUAUGAUCCACUGAACUCUCUGUGAGAUUACUGAUAAGAUAUGUGACUUAUUAGCCAAGUGAGGCAAAGUUCAGACAAGUGUGUUCAAUAAAGGUAUGUUCAAAACCACACCAAGACUUUCCUUCGGACGUUUUAAUUAAACUCUGUGGUGAUAUUCAGGUUUGGUUUUUUCCUAUAUGUGAAACUGAAGCAGGAAUCCCCUUAGCUGACUUUCUAAAAUAAUAAAGGUGCUAAAGCAGGAGACUAAAAUAGCAUAAUGUGUUUUAAUGUAAUGACCUUUUUGCAUUCUUUUCUGUCUAGUCACAUACCAAGAUCUUGGUAUCCCAAGAUAAUGGUCACAUACCAAGAUAUUGGUAUGUGACCAAUAUAAAAAGACUGGCGUGUGCUGAACGAAGAUGAUGUCGUAACUGUGACACAUUUAGAUUCUCUGAUGGCACCAGCGGCAACCUUGGACUAUCAGACAGUUCAAGAUGGAUUAUAAGGAUACACACUCUAAUUAAUUAAGUUAUUUACACCCGGAUGUGAAGACACUGAAACUUGUUACAAAAUUAAACACACCCUAUAGCUUUGUUGACAAAAAUAACCACAACAGAUUUAGCAAGCAUUUAUUUGAAAAGAUUUCCAUCUCUUUCACAACUUCUGUCUGAUAAAGGGUGCACGCACAAUGCAAAUUUCACAUGACAACACAGUCUGUUUUGCUUUUGUUAGCAAGACAAAUUAGGCAUUUGAAAAAAAAAAAAAACAGUAUUUGCAUCCUGAGGCUCUUUCCUCACAGAGUAUUAAGAAUGAAAAACAAUGACAUUCAGCUGCUGCUUGCGGGCAUUGUGCAGUGGAAGCACACUGACGUAAAAGAGGAACCAUAAUAACCAUAUAACAGACAAAACAGUGAGAGACAUGAGAGAGAGAAAAUGUCCUCCAACUGUCCCACUUAGUGCUGAGCUUUGCUCAGGGGGCUGAAAUGGGAACCCUUUUUAGAGAGGGUGGGGGCACCAAGUAGGAGGGAUAAUAGGGUGUGGGCUUCUUGUAUUGCAUGCGUGAAUCUGCCUUAGCUGGUACUGAAAAGAAUAAUUAGGUUGCAAGGAGAGCACAUGUUGCAUUAUCCAAGCACCAAACUAACCAAACCAGUUCAAUAUCCACAAAAGCCCCUGGACAAAAGUUCUUUUACAUUUGUAUACAAGUCCCAUGCUUUUAAAGAUGGCCUUAUUUAUCCAUUUUCUAUUCAUAUAUAUAUAUAUGUGUGUGUGUGUGUGUGUGUGUGUGUGUAUUGCUUUCCUAUGUCCUCCAUUUAAAUGCAGUCAUACAAACUGCUCGAUAAGCCCGAUGUGGUCUAAUGGUCUCCAUUGUGGAAUAUAGUAACAUGGUCAUAAUGUGUGCAUUUGCUUCAAUAAUUUACUGAUGUUUAAAUGUCUUAAGCACUGUAAUAAUGUACACUGCCACUCUAAGAGCUAAGCAAAAUCCUUUGUCUCAUCAUGCGAUAACCGAGCUCCCUCAUCAGUCUCCACUCAUCAAUCCACCAGCCAUCUGCUGCUUAGACUCAGCUUCAAGUCCACGCAGUAGCCAGCUGACCUGCUAGCACUGCUGUAGGGCAUUCUGCUUGAAUAUCUGAUGUACCUGAAAACAUGCAUACUGGGUGACUGACUGGUAAGUAGACAGGCUGGCUGACUGACUCUUGGGGACAGAUUAUCUUUCUUAUUGGUGGGGGGGAGCAUAGGGAUGAUAUGCUUCGAUGCUUCACUCUGGGGAAGCCCUCAAAAAGUGUUUGCGUGAGCAUGUCUCUAGAUUUGUGGUUGUGUGUAUUGGGCUCAUGAAUGCAGACAUUGUUUGAUAGCAGUGGGAUGGAAGAGGAGAGCCUGUGCUCACAGUCACUAUGGUGGAGGAGGAGAGAAAAGGAGAAGGGGAGGGAAGGGAAGGAAGGAAGGUUUGUAAGUGGGUCGGGAUAACAGGGAGAUUCAUGGGGGGUUGGGAGCACCCACAGUGGAUUGCACGCAGAAGAAAGGAGAACUAUGGGUGGAUCUACAGUAAUUGGUGAUGAUGUAAUUUGUUCAGAUAUACAAACUGAUUGCCAGUCUCCAGAAAAAGCAAACAAACUGAGAUGUGGAUUGCCCAUUAAAAAUGAUUUCACUCUUUAUUAUUAUAAAAAAAUAUUUUAAUGUAUAAUACCCUAAUUCAUUCACACUUUUACUUAUUAGCACAAAUGGAUUUUGAUAAUAAAAUCGGAACAACUGUGCAUUUUGUAAAGACACGAGGACAAUGAACAAAGAGCAGCGAGUUGAUCCACUGCCACAAGGUUUCCUUCCAGUUCGUGAACAGUUAAUUGUUCUACAUGCCUGCAGAAACUCUGGUGGUUGCCAAGGUAUGCUCUAAAAGUAUAACUAAUUUGAAAAGAAAGAGUGUACUGCUGGCUGCAUAAUUGGUGACACAAAACCACAGACACAAGGAAACUGAGGAUGACGUGAUGACAGUUAUAUGUGGCGUCACAGCGCUCAGACACCUGGCCCUGUGUGUCCAUAUGGAAGAGGCCUCAAGGCCAUAUGGCUUAUAUGUGUGUCUCAAACUUAGUUGAAGGCUGUGCUGUUUGUAUUUCUAUGUGUGUCUACUUGUAAUUCGUGAGGGGCCUAAAUCUUUUUGCAGAGUCACUUGUAAGUCAUUUAAGUUUUGGAUGAGAAAUUGGUUGUGAUUGGGAGGUUAAGACCUCCGUGUCCCCUGAAAUAACAGAAGCAUGACUGCACUGACAUUUCUAAAUCCAUAUCCUGGUCUAAGCCCGCUCAUACUGUUGAUCAGCAGGUCUUGUUUAUGAGUCCACUAAUUAGCACUUGUGAUAUGCUUAGUUUCAUUUACUUUGAACUUUUAAACCCUCAGACUCCGAUUUAGCCAGUCUAAUAAGCCUGGGUGAAGGGAAAAGGCUAAUUCUGAUAAAUUUACAAUGUAAAGCUACUGUUUACCCAAAGCUCUGACUUACCUGACAGGAAAGAUAUACCCAGAAAUUAAUGUCCACACAUGCAAAAGUUAUGUUUUUUAAUGGGCAGCGUCAUUGUCAGUUUUCCCACAUCUGUGGUCCAUGUCCUACAAACAGUCUGUAUAAAGAUUAGCCCCAAACAAUAAUGUGAUCUGUCCUAAUAAUUGGCUACUCAACCGAGCUGCCAUUAAGGAAGCCCUCAUAAACAUAUUGAACUCAUGUCUAAUCCUUUAUAAUGCAUCAGCAGAUCAGUGGGUGUGUAUUGCUUCAUUGCUACCCUGGAAUGUGUUUAGUGCAAACACAGAGACGUGGACACACACAGUGCACACAUACACACACUGAUGGAUGCGGUGAAUUUUGGGCUUCGGAAAUACUGAACAGUUAAAAGGAAAGACCAACCAGUGCAUCGGUGACAGGCAAGGUGGAAGCAGAGAAGAGGAAAGGGGUUGGGGGAGGGAGUGGAGGAGAGACACUGGCGCCCCGCCAACGUUGACGAAAGCUGCUUAGCCCACCCAGUUGCCAUGGAUACAGCAAGGAGCAGCAUGUGUGUUUGUGUGUGUGCCUGUGUGUGUGUGAGAGAGAGAGAGAGAGAAAGAGAAAGAGGGAGGGAGGGAGGCAGACAGAGAAAACCAGCAGGCAGGCGUUAAAGCAAGUCAGAGUGGGAGUGAAAGAGCACCAGACAGCAGGGUGGAGGGAGAGAGAGCGAGCGAGAGAGGGUGAAUGUAUGUGCGGCCAGAAAGAGAGAGGAUAAAAAGGUAGCUAAAGAGCUCGAGGGAGACGAUAGAGUGGGAGCGAUAGAGUACUAGAUAAUGGAGGUGCACUCAGAGUGUGUGGAGCCUCCUGUGGCCCCUCAGUGUGACCCCCAGCCUACAGGGAAGAUCAACAAAGCUGCCUUCAAACUCUUUGGGAAGCGGCGCACUGGAUCUGGAAUGGCCAGCUUCUUUUCCUUCAGGAACAAAGGGGCUACAAACAGUGGAAACAACGGGAAUUCUGACAAUGGAAAUUCUUUGAAUGGAAACAGCUCAGGGGCAUCGGCGGAACUUGUGAGGAGCAGAACCCACGAUGGACUAACGAGCUCUAACAACGAUGCUGAUGGACAGAGAGGGGAGGGACUUGCAGGCCUGGAGGUGGGGCCGGUGAGGUCUCUGAGCAAAUCGCUGAGUUUCUUCUCUCUUCUCCGACGCGGGAGUUUUAGGUCGAGUGAAAACGGAGGAGCAGGACUUGUCAGAAGAGGAAGGGGCCUGAAAGGAUUUUUCAGCAGCAUGCGAUGGAGACGUAAAGACAAAACAAAUGAGGGCGAUGGAGAAGAGGCGGAAGCGAAGAAGGACAAGGAUGGAGAUGCUGCUGAUGCUGAAAAGGUAAAGGACAUUACUCUAACCCUUGAACCACCUCCCCAUAACCAUCAAGCAGACUGUGGGGAUGCAGAAGCAGGACCUAACCUCCAAGCACUAGAGACUCCCACCACGAGUGUUACCAUGACACCUCCACACUGUGUUGCCAUGCCAGGGCCAUCUGGUGAGCCAGACUCCCCCUUUCCCUACACGCCCACUGACUCACCACUGCGACCACCCAUCCAAAAAGCCAAAGCCUCAAUUUCCAGUCUCACCCCCUCCCUUGCUACACCCCCUUUGGAUCGCUGCAGCACUGGUGACCCACCAUCAGAGCCCUCUGUGGACCGACUCUGCUCCCUCCUCUUCACUGACGUCACGUCCCUCAAGAGCUUUGAUUCACUCACAGGCUGUGGUGACAUUAUUGCUGAUGCCGACGAAGAGGGCCCAGUGGGUAAUGGGGGCAGUGGUACCAGCAGCAGUAGCAGUGGUGGAGGAGGAGGUAGCGUGGGAGUGGGUAUUGGGAGAGUUGUUGGUAUCACCAGUAGCAUCUCCCCAUCUAAACCCCCUUUAUCUUCUCAGAUGUCCCAGCCCAUGUUCUCUGUCGCCCCAAACUCUGCACCUGCCUCCCUCCCUGCCAGAACCAGGGCGCAACCUCAACCACAACAGCACCCACCCGGGAGUGGUGUGGUGGCCUACAUGGGUGGAGGGGAAGAAAUGGCAAGUCCAGAAGGAGUGGACGAUGCAGACAUGCAGGGACUCUGGCACAUGUUGCCUUCCACAGGAGACAACUCCCCUGCAUUGCCCCGAUCGCAUCAACCUUCCUCCUCUACCCCUACUUCCACUUAUCCCCCUCGCACCAACCCUGCUAGCAGCUACCUUCCCUCAGCUUCCAGGAGUUCAGACAGAAAGGUACCACAGGUGAAGGCGCUGGGACUCAGUAAGAUUCCAGUAGUUGGUGGAGCGGGAAGCCGGGCAGCUAAACCCCCUCUCCCUCACGCACAUGGUCGUCACCCUACAUCGCCAAGUGAAAAAGAGCCGCUUAGUGACGAGGGCUACUGGGACACACCGUCAGCAACACCUACAGCAACACCUGACGAGAGUGGGCUGCAGCAUAAUCAGAAUAUGGCCCUAUCACGUGACAGUUGCUCUGGAGACCACCUGUAUGACCUCUACAAUGAUCCUGAAGAAGAAGCAGAGGAUCAGGGGGGAGAUGAAGAUCCAAACAGCUCGCCCUCUCCAUCCACUGAAUACAAAACGAGCCCCAUCUCCCAAGCAACUCUGCCUUCCUCCUCCUCCUCUUGUUCCUUCCGAUCAAUGAAAGGCAGCACCAGCCUUCCUCGAGAAUCCAAGAUCCCGGUAAGCACCAAACCAACCACACCCCCUCACUCUGCAAGCCAGUCAGCCCUGUCGUCCGUCCUAGAGGCCGAAUCCCCUCCACCAAAGACGCAACCACCUCCUCCGGCUCGCACCAGAAUCCCAGUAUCCAAGGUGCCAGUUCGUCGUUCUGGAAACAAAUCUGGCGGCACAGCAAGAGGGACUGCCCACAAGAAGUAGCUUCUGUCACACGGGUGAUUUUCCACUGGACUUGAGUGCACAUUGCUACACUGCAGCUUACGUAGAGCCAAAUGUUUCCCCAGACCAAGAAAAAUGUUGAGCUGUACAGUCAAUGGCCUAGGAAUUGCUCUCAAAUCUUUAAAUCUCUCAUUCCUUAGGCGUGUUGGCUCACGAACAGCUACAUUAGAGUAAGUGCUUUGUUCACCUGAGAAAGUCACUAGGAAACUUGAAAAAGCUAGGAUAACAUUUUGCAGCCCUCCUUAAAACUUUGGGGGUUGACUAUUGACAAUCUGUUAAUUUGCAAAAGAUGCAUUCGCCUUGAAAGUUCCCAGAAAAGUUCCUGGCCUGUUAACUAUGUGACCACUACUUUGACAGAAAACGAAAGCAGAGCACUUUUUUUUCUUUUAUGUUUUUCUUUUAGAUUUCCACAAUUUGUUUAACUCAAUCUGAUAGUAAGGACCUAAUCUAAUCAAUGUUAUUAUUAUUAUUAUUAUUAUUAUUAUUAUUACUACUAUCUAAUCUGUAACAUGUACCUCUUAAUUCUCUGAUUUUAGAGCCAAAGUUUUUGAUUUUGUCAUAGUUUGGAAAAGUCCCAACCCUCCAUUUUUCCUUUGGUUGCUGUAAAUGUUUUUUUUAACAUGGUCUUUUGCUGACCGCACACUGAUUUUAAAACUAUACAUGAACUCUGAACUGCUUUUAUUACCUACUUUGCAGCUACAAAGCUAUCCUGCAGAAGGUCACACUGCAUCUCAUGCUUUUUAAGAUCGAUUAGCGGAUUUCUUUUUCUUUUUUAAAUCCUUUUGGACUAACUUUGGCUUCAGCCUUUGUACUUGGAUCUCACUCAUACCCGGCUGCUUCACUGGAAGUACAUUCACAGAAUGUUAAUCUCUGGGAUUUACAAAUGUUUAACUACCAAUGGAAACCUGCAAAACUAUCGCAAUACAUCAACCUGGAGGGAUCCCUUGCACUAAGGCUUCGUUGUCUGCAAACACACACACACAUGCACAUGCAGAAUCAUACACGCACACACAUACACAUUUCUUCUUGCUCUCUGCAUGUAGUGCCACAUAUCAAGGCACAAAGGUCAGGGAACAUCAUCUAAUGCUGAAGGAUCUGACACAUGCACACUGCUCAACCUUUGGCACUGUAUUUGUAGCUACACUGGAUAACUUUCUUCUCUAAGAACACAUGCACAAACACAUUUUUUUCUAGCUAGUACUUUCUUCUUCACUGGAUUUCGUACUGUUUUUAUAGACUUUCCCUUUCCGCAAUCAUACUGCACGGAUCCUAAACUGUGACAGCACCAGCUUUCUAACACUCUGCCUUGUCUUCUUUCUUUUACUCUCUGUUAGCAUACUGUAUAGGCUAAUGUGGAUGGAUGACAAGAAGGCGACCUUUCUAUAUAUGUGCCAGUUUAGAGAACUAGCUUAUUAUACAUAGCAAAAUUUGGGAACUAAUGCCAGAUGAUUGACCUCGCCCCUUCUUCUACUCGCUAUUAAUAAAACAAAACAAAACAAAAAACAAUGUAUAACCUAAUUUCACGAGCCACCACAGCUGCGAGUGAAUGUGAAUGUAGCUUGACAUUGUAAUGGAUAUUUGUGAGGACAUAGUUUUCUGUGUUCUACUAUCCUCUUUGUCCCUCUUUUGUGGGGGCAAGACAAACUGGAUUUGACUCUUUUCUAAGUCCCCUGUGGCUUGCAUUGCAAAACGCCGCUUGUUUUAGAAAUGAGAGGGUGUGUUGCAGUCCUAGAAGGCCUUUGUUGUGAUUCAGUGCAAUCAGUUAAAAGGGAGCAGGUUGGUCCCUUAUAGGGAUUUCCAUAGAAUUUUCAUAGGAUAUGCCAAGUUUAAUGUAAUCAUUCCCACAGAAGGUAUCAGUGACACUUGAGGGUCAUUCUCGUUCUUUAAGCCAUCUCAUCUCGUUUAGAGUCUAAUGAUUGAUCCAUGACACUGCUCCGGGUUCAGAUAUCUUUUCAGCCUCCCUAUGGUGUAGUGUAGGCGACCAUGGAGUAACCUGAUUCCGAGGCUGCAGUAGGAACUCUCCUAGCCAAAUAAAAGGGCGCCCUAAAGGUCACCUGGGAAGCAGCAAGUGAUCAUGUCGGUUCACAUUUUCCCUUUCUUUAGCUUUAGACCUUCAGCUUCCUUUAUUCAUUGCUGAUUGAGAAAAUAUUAUUUUUAAGUAACGUAUUUUUUUGGUUGAUGUUAUUGGUUGGCAAGAUUUUACUUGGAUUCCUUUAACAAUCAGAUUCUGUGGAACUGAAAAAUGACAGGUCAUUAUGCAAUCAAUGUCCACCAGGUUUUGUUUAAAUAUAGGACAUCACUCUAUCCAACAUCUCAACGUGUUUUACUGUUUCUUAGCUUCAUCCAAGUAUGACAUGGCGAAAAAUUAAAGUACAACUGUUGCACUGGCACACACACACACUCCUGAGGUCACCAUGUUUCCAUCAUGGGCUCACCAACACCAGACUCAGUUCAAUGUAUUUUUUGCAGGCAAACACUUCUCUUUUCUUUUCUGGGCUUUUAUGUGAUCAUUUGCUCUGAUGAAAAGCAGAUUUUCCCCCUCCUUUAUGUUUCUAUCUGUUUAUAUUGUGAAAACCUCAUUACAUUUUUAAUAAAGAAAACUGUAUUUGGGCUGAUAGAUGAGCCCCUGACUUUUUGUAAGCACAUUUACACCAUCAUAGGAGUUAUGUCCUUUUGUGUUUGGAGAAAAAAUAAAAUGGAGGUUGAAUUCCACUUCUCUCAUCCCAACCCCCAUGUCCUGGUGUCUUAAAUCCCUAAGGAUCAGCCUGAGUGAGAAAAGGUGAUGCAUUGAGUAGCUUUUGUUUUUGGUUAUUGUUGUGGUCUGGCACUUAGGGAGAGGUCAUUCUGGCUUGGGAAUUAUAGGCUAUCAAUAAAUGCUAUUGAUUGCUGACAUAAAAGCCUGACAGUUGUGUCACUAGCUACUGUUGGUCUCUGGUGGGGAAAGAAAGGAGACAGACAGGCAUGGUGAUGACAAAGAGACACAGCUGAUGCAUGUGGAUAUGAGACCCGCGUAUGCCCUGAAUAGAUGAAAAGUAUAUUCAAGAAUGGCUCAUGUUGCUAGAAAAAGCUUAUAUGUUGUGGUUUAUCCAUGUGAAGUAGGAGGAGGAUUUGGUGCAGUGCGAAUCCCCUUUGUAAUGGUGCAGCGAUUCCCCCUCCCUCUUUAUCCAGCUCUCUACCGAGGUUUAUGUAAAAGCCUUACGUAAGACCAUAACACUCACUUGUACCAGCCCACCACAUCAAAGCCAGGGAUGCUGACAGUAAGAAUGGUGCGUAAUGUUGCAUGUGUGUGUGUGUAUGUGUAUAUAUCUGUGUCAGCUGAUCUCAUCAGUAAUCUGCUGUUUGGCUGCUCGAUGUGGACAGUUGUUCUCAGUGUGAGCCAUGUUUGUGCUUAUUUGUUUUGGGGCAUAAAUCUGGUAAAAGAGCACAACAGAGAGCACUGAGUUUCUGAUGAACAAUAGGGUUCUUAUUCAAACCAGUGAGGAAGAGAACAAGGGAAGGAGUCAUGGUGAAAAGCAUAGAAUAAGUGGCAGAAUAAGAUUUAUUGUGAGUAUGAGAAUGGGUUUCAAGAGCUUCAGUGCUCUUAAAUGAAGCUUUUAUUUAGCUGGUAUAACUUCUGAUGAUCACCAGCCACAAGUAUCCACUUGUUACUGGCCACUUCAUUAGGUACAGCUUGCCAGUAGUCCAUGCCAGUCUCCUGUUCCACCACAUCCCAAAGGUGCUCUAUUGGAUUGAGCUCUGGUGACUGUGGAGGACAUUUGAGUACAAUGAACUCAUUGUCUUGUUCAAGAAGCCAGUUUGAGAUGAUUUGAGCUUUGUGAUAUGGUGUGUUAGCCAGCUGGAAGAAGCCAUCACAUGACGGGUACACUGUGAUCACAAAAAGUUGACAUGGUCAGCAACAAGAGCUGUGCCAUUCAAAUGACGAUCAGCUGGUUGUUAGGGGCCAAUGUGCAAUAAAAAUGUGCAAUAAAAAUAUCUCAGUCAACACCACUAGCAGCCUAAACUGUUGAUACAAGCUAGGAUGGAUCCAUGCUUUCAGUUUGUUUACAGCAGAUUCUGACCCUACCAUCCAAAUGUUGCAGCAGAAAUCGUGAUUUGGCAGUUUUUUCCCCCUAAUUUUCUACCGUCCAGUUUUGAUGAACCCUAAAAUUCUUUCCUUAUAUGAGUGGCACCCAGUGUGGUCUUGGUCUGCUGCAGCCCAUCUGCUUUAAGGUCUGGUAGUGGAUGACCAGUAGUUUUAGCAGCAGCCGGUGCUCUAAAAAGAUUUAGACCUACAGUUUGCUUAUAGGCAAAAUAUUCUACCUCGGGCUGUAAUAAAUAACAAAUAAGCAUUUACUGCUGUCAUAGUACGGUAAGUAAAAGUAAUACCAGCUGAAUAUAACAAAACAAUGAAAAAGAAAGACUACAGUACCUAUCUGGUGGUAAAGAAAAACAAACUCUAGCACAGACAGAGAAAAAUGAAGGCCGCUAGUAUUUACAAAAACACAACAUCUUGAUGGUAGGUAGGCUUCCCUGGCCUUGAUAAAUGUGUGUGAGUGCAUGUGUGUAUGACGGAGCACCAUUCAAAAGAUGUACCCCACAUUCUGCAUGGCAGCCUCUCUACAGUCGUUCCCAUAGUAACUCCACUAGGUCAACCAAUAAAAAGAGGGGGCUGGGCAGGAAGGAGGAUGGGAGCCUGUUUGGGGGGUGGGUGCUGACACACUGUGUGAAAGAUGUGAUUGGAGUUGAAGUGGUGCAGUAAAAAAUGCAUACAAAGACACACACACACUAACCUACAUGUUGAUGGUGCUCAUGCAAAUGUCAGAUGUCAUAGAUUUGAAUUCAGCAGUUUGUUUUUUCAAAUCUAUGCACACUUACUCAGUAGCAACAGUUCAAGUGUAAACACCCUUCAAUAAAACACCAAGUCAAGCCUUUAGAAAAAUGGAAAUGCAGUAAAUUUGAAUGUGUGUGACCUUCAGCACACACCCUUUAAACACAACACAUCUUUGCAUCACUGGAUUUCAAAUUUGCAUCCCCAUGUGAAGCCUCCUCUCACUACUAUUUUUCGCCUUUUCACAGGUGUUAGUGUCAUUUUGUCCUCUGUCCCUCUUCACUUUUCCGUCUGCCUUUUGAGUGACACUACAGUUCAUCCCAGGGCAAAAUUGUGUAAUCUUCCUUUUAUUAAUAAUUCAUGAAGAGUGAAGAUUUUGACGUCUGUUUGGUACACCGUAAAGACGAGAAGAUCCAGUACAGUAUGACGCUAGUAAAGCUGUAACCUUCAGAAUGUGUAAGUCUAGUUUAUUCCUCAGGACGCCAGACAGUCCUGGAUAAUGUUAAGCAUCACAUGGUUAUGACACCAGUAAGUUAUUUCUAAAAACUGCAUGUGCUCCUCUAGAGUGAUAAAUUCUGCUUUGAAAUGAUAAAACGGAAAAUUUAAUUAACUUGCAAACUGAAUACGACUGCAUGAAGCAAAAUGAUUCAAAAUUUAAUUAUGGAUCACAAGAUAAAUAUUGAGAAUAUUAAAAUGUAAGGUCAGACACAGCAAUACAAAGUACAAAGAUUUGAAAUUUUUACUCAAUAUAGAAUUCAAAAUUAUACUAAACUGAGUUUGUGCUGAAACUUUACUGAGAUUACCAUCUUAUACUAACUCAAUUCUCAAAAUGAAUUUCCAUAAAAGCAUGAAUAUAAUAUAUAAUAUAAUAUACAAUAUGAUGACCACAUUAAAAUAAUCAGUCUAACGUAGUGAAUCCAUAGAUAUAUCUAGACAUGUAUAGCUGUACUUAAGUGUUAUUGGUAGACAUAUAGACUGCUUCUACAAACAUCUCUAAGAGGAUGGGUCGCUCUCAAAAGUUCAGUGAAUUCCAGUGUAGUUCUGUGAUAGGCUGCCGCCUGUACAACAAGUCCAGUCGUGAAAUUUCCUCACUAAUAAAUAUUCAACAGUCAACAGUUGGUGAUAAUAUAACAAAACUGAAGUGACUGGGAACGACAGCAACUCAGCCAUGAAGUAGUAGGCCAUGUAAAAUCACAGAGUGGGGUUAGCAGAUGCUGAGGCACAAAGUGUGCAGAGGUCGCCAACUUUCUGCAGAGUCAGUCACUACAGACCAAACUUCACAUGGCCUUCAGAUUAGCUCAACAACAGUGCGUAGAGAGCAGCCACAUCUGAGCCUUAGCAGUAAUGUAAAGCGUGUCGUCACUGGACUCUAGAGCAGUGAAGACGUGUUCUCUCGAGUGACGAAUCACGCUUCUCCACCUGGCAAUCUUAUGGAUGAGUCUGGGUGUGGCAGUUGCCAGGACACCGGUAUUUCAUCCAACAUCAGUGUCUGACCUCACAAAUGUGCUUCUGGAAGAAUGGUCAAAAAUUCCCAUAAGCACAUGUCUAAACCUGUGGAAAACCUUCCCAGAAGAAUUGAAGCUGUUAUAGCUGUAAGAUGAAUGGGAUGUCACUCAAGUUUAUGUGAACAUGUGAAGUUCAAGUGCAUGUGAACAGGAGU